AUGACGGAGGACAAUAACGUCGAAGUACCCAGGCUGGGAAUCGAACCCGAAGCCUUCAGACUUGCCGCUGCUAACAUGGUUGAUUACGUCAUCAAGUAUUAUUGUGACGUAGACAAGCGACAAACAUUUUCAGAUGUUAAGCCAGGUUUCAUGCGAGCGUUACUACCCGAGUCACCCCCAGAUCGCCCCGAGUCGUGGCAGGAAGUAUUUAGCGACAUCGAGCGGAUAGUAAUGGACGGGAUGACGCAUUGGCAAUCACCCGGGUUUUUCUCGUAUUACCCAUCGUCUGCUAGUUAUCCCAGCAUGCUGGCUGAUAUGCUGUGCAGCGGAGUGCCGUGUAUUGGCUUUUCAUGGGCGUCGUCACCAUCGUGUACAGAACUUGAAACAGUGAUGAUGGAUUGGUUGGGAAAGGCCAUCGGGUUACCUGAAUGUUUCAUACAUGGUGGUCAUGGACCAGGGGGUGGCGUUAUUCAAGGCACGGCAAGCGAGGCGACCCUGGUUGCCCUUAUUGCUGCUAGAAGCAAGACGAUUCGUCGAGAGCUAUCACGUGAUCCUAACCAACGCACACACGAUAUAGUUGGCCGCAUGGUGGCGUACACGUCACAAUGUAGUCAUUCAAGCGUGGAACGAGCAGGGUUAUUGUCAUUGGUGGAAGUACGGAGGCUACGUGUUAAAGACGACGGUGCGCUGGAGGGUGGGGUGUUAAAGGAAGCUGUGUUAGAGGAUAGAAAAGCUGGCAGGAUACCAAUGUUUGUAUGCGUCACAAUAGGAACUACGUCAUGUUGUACCUUCGACGAUCUGGAGGGGAUUGGGAAAACAUGUGAGACAGAAGACAUCUGGUGCCACGUUGACGCCGCAUACGCGGGAGCUGCCUUGGUUUGCCCCGAGUUUAGGUUUAUAUGUAAAGGCAUAGAGAGAGCCACCUCGUUCAAUUUUAACCCUCAUAAAUGGCUGAUGGUACAGUUUGAUUGCUCGGCUAUGUGGGUGAGAGACAGCACCGAUCUCAUCAACUCAGCCGAAGUCAACCCACUUUAUCUACGUCAUAAUACUGAGAGCGCUACCAUCGAUUACAGGCAUUGGCAGAUUCCUCUCGGGCGCCGCUUCCGUUCAUUAAAGUUAUGGUUCGUCCUCCGCAUGGUUGGAGUGGAGGGCCUUAGAUCCCAUAUACGAAGGGGAGUUAGGGAAGCCAAACAUUUGGAGGAGCUUGUUAGAUGCGAUGGAAGAUUUGAAGUUUUAUUCCCCGUCAUACUCGGCUUGGUUUGUAUUAAGUUGAAACGACCCGGGAGCUCACUGGAGGAUGAAAACGACUUAAACGAGAGAUUAUACGACAAGAUCCACGAAGACAGACGUAUUUUCAUUGUACCAGCUACAUUAAACGGGGUGUAUUUUAUUAGAAUAUGCACUGGUUCAACGCAUUGUAGCAUUGAACAGGUUAACAAAUGCUGGGAAGUCAUAACAGAAAUGGCGGGACAAUUAUGA